AUGCCUGCCUCUAUGCUUCUUAACGGCGCCCAGAGGCGUCCAGAUCUGCAUCUAGUUAGCGACGAGGACUCGGUCUACGAGCAAGAUAUCUUACGGAACCCAGGAAGCACGAAGCCAUGGCUGGCAUACAUAGAGUUCAAGACUCAGCAUGGAACAUUACAUGAGCGCGCAUUCGUGCUUGAAAGAGCCUGUCUCCAGCUCCCGCGAUCCUACAAGCUUUGGAAAAUGUAUCUGACCUUCCGCGUCAAGCACGUCUCGAAGCUUAAUGCCGCGAUCUUCGCCGCCGAGCACCGAAAAGUCAACGCGCUUUUUGAGCGUGCUUUGAUUCUCCUCAACAAGAUGCCGCGCAUCUGGGAGCUGUACCUCAAGUUCUUGCUCCAGCAGCCCCUUGUCACUACCACACGACGAACUUUCGAUAGAGCUCUGCGCGCUCUCCCCUUGACCCAGCAUAAUAGAAUAUGGGCUCUCUACAAACCGUUUGCGAACUCUGCUGCGGGAAUCAGUGCCGUCAAGGUGUGGCGCCGCUACAUGCAGAUUCAUCCAGAGGACGCCGAGGAUUUCAUCGAAUUGCUGACUCAGGUCGGCUUGUAUACCGAAGCCGUCAAAAAGUAUAUGGACGUCCUGAACAACACGCGAUUCAUCAGCAAGCACGGCAAGGGGCACUAUGAGCUGUGGAGUGAGAUGGUUGAUACGAUCGUCGAGCACGCGGCUGAAGUUGAGACCGGGCACGAGACAGGUAUCGACGUCGACAGAAUCAUCAGGAGUGGCAUUGUACGAUUUGCCGAUCAGCGAGGGAAGCUCUGGUGUGGGCUAGCUACAUACUGGAUCAGGCGAGGCAGCUUUGAACGCGCCAGAGAUGUCUUCGAGGAGGCAAUUACCACCGUCAUGACAGUCAGGGACUUCACCCUAGUCUUUGACUCGUACACCGAGUUUGAAGAGUCCAUAAUCGGAGCUCUCAUGGAAGUCGCCUCGGAUCGCGCAGACAAGGGUGUGGUAGACGAAGAAGCAGACUUCGAGCUCGAUAUUCGCAUGAUGCGCUUCGAGCAGCUCAUGGACAGAAGACCAUUCCUCCUCAAUGACGUUGUUCUGCGACAAAACCCCAAUAACGUUGCCGAGUGGGAGAAACGGGUGGCACUUUGGGGCGACAAUAAGCUCGAGGUUGUGCAAACGUAUACUGCUGCUAUCGCAACCAUACAGCCAAAGAAGGCUGUCGGUGCCUUUCAUCAGCUCUGGGCCAACUACGCGAAGUUCUACGAGCGAGGCGGCGACAUUCGCAACGCGCGCAUCAUCAUGGAAAAGGCCGUCAAAGUCCCCUUCAAGUCUGUGGCGGAGCUGGCCGAUAUGUGGAUUGAAUGGGCCGAAAUGGAGCUGCGGAACGAGAACUUCGACGACGCCGUGCGGAUCAUGGCGAAGGCCGUUCAGGCACCGAAAAGAUCGACUGUCGACUAUUUUGACGAGACGUUGUCGCCUCAGCAGCGCGUACACAAAAGCUGGAAGCUGUGGAGUUUCUACGUGGAUCUGGUGGAAAGCGUGAGUUCUCUGGAAGACACUCGAAAGGUAUACGAGCGCAUAUUUGAGCUGCGAAUUGCGACGCCGCAAACAGUGGUCAACUAUGCGAAUCUGCUGGAGGAACACCAGUACUACGAAGAGUCGUUCAAAAUUUACGAACGCGGUCUGGAUCUGUUCAGCUACCCCGUGGCUUUCGAGCUCUGGAACCUGUACCUGACCAAGGCCGUUGACCGCAAGAUUGGUAUCGAGCGACUACGCGACCUCUUUGAGCAGGCGAUCGAGGACUGUCCGCCUAAGUUUGCCAAGGUGAUAUACCUCAUGUACGGCAACCUGGAGGAGGAGCGAGGCCUUGCAAGGCAUGCCAUGCGGAUCUACGAACGGGCGACGAGGGCAGUGGCCGACGAGGACCGGGCAGACAUGUUCAAUUUUUACAUUACGAAAUCGGCAUCGAACUUUGGUCUGCCGUCAACGAGACCGAUUUACGAAAAGGCCAUUUCCACCCUUCCUGACAACGAGGCACGGGAUAUGUGCCUAAAGUUUGCCGACAUGGAGAAGCGGCUUGGCGAAAUCGAUCGGGCGCGGGCUAUCUACGGUCACGCGUCUCAGUUCUGCGACCCACGAACCAGCCCCGACUUUUGGGCCAAGUGGGAAGCGUUCGAAGUGCAGCACGGCAAUGAGGACACAUUCAAGGAGAUGCUCCGCAUCAAGCGGAGCGUGCAGGCGCAGUACAAUACGGACGUCAACUUUAUUGCUUCUCAAGCGCUUGCGCGUAGCCAGCGGCGGCCAGAGGAUUUGGCGGACCCGAAGGUGGCCGAUGCCAUGGAGGCUCUCGACCGGCAGGCGAGAGCACCCGCCGGAUUUGUGGCAGCAAGUGAUGCUGCCAAAACAAACACCACUGAAUCACAAGCUGUGGCAGCUAAUCCGGAUGCCAUCGACAUCGACGACCUUGACGAAUAA